GGCUUGAUCGAUCGUCUACCACGUGUCCUAUCUACGUCCUCUCCCUUCCUCUCCAUAUCCAGCUGUGUCUACUUCCUCCUUCGCUAUAGAAGAGGAAGACGACUCCUUAUCGCUCCCAUCCCCUCCUGCUUCUCUUACUCCGUCCUCAUCGCCAUCGUCAUGAGUUUUCUCACUGAGCGGGCUCUCGAUGAUCACAUGCCGGCGCCACGUGGCGACAUCUCGGUAAUACGGCAAGUUCAUCAUCCGCGAUUCAAUCUGGACAUCCUACAGCUCGCGCAGUUCUUCGACACUACCGGGGUAUACGCAGCGGCAGAGUUCCGAUUUACCGGCCAUCGUCAGGGGAUCGUACUGGCUGACGCGACGGCGGUUCGACGGCUAUUAGCACCAGGAGUUAGCCACGUGUGCACCAUUGUCAUCUUCAGCAGCGACAUUAGCGCGAUCAGCUCUCUGCGACACAUGCCCAUCCGGACGUCGCUAAGGGAGUGGGGUGAACAGCUGGCGGCAGAGUGGAAUCAGUGGCCUACGCGCCGCAACGAUAAUCUUGUCCCUUCGGACGGUAUCGAAGUCGGAGGACUUCGUACGUCUCAACACGAGCCCACGGUGUGGGAUCAGUGGUGUGAGCACUUCGUCGAUCCUUCAGUGUGUUUGGUCGGAGUGCAACUGACUUGGACAAGGGACGUAGAGCACCGCUCUUGGGUCGCAUACGUGGAGUGGUUGAUCAUCGAAGCGUGGAGGACGGAGGUGGAGGGAGACCUUCUCGGAUUUCUAUUCGGAUCGGUGCGUCCCGGCUAUCGACAGCAGAUCGUACAGGAACUCACGAUUACCCUCACGCAGCUGGUUGACGAUCUCCCUCUCGAUAUCAUCUCGCAGUGCGACGAGAGCCCGGUCCCGCAUGUCUUUUCAUGGGCUUUGACACCCUACCUCCAGUGGUCGGCUUGCCUCGAGAAGUUAGCGGGCAACAAAAACCCGCCAUCGCAACAACCAUACCUGGAUCCUCGGGGGAUAAUCGACCUCUCUUUCUUUCAGCCUCGAACAGCCUCCGAAGACGAAGCGAUAACACUAGAGGAGGAGGAGGAAGAGGACGAGGAGAGAAGCGAAGAAGAAGAGCAAACCCUGGAAGAGGGAAGUUACAACGAGCACAGCGAGGGAGAGCAGAGCGACGACGAGGAAGAAGAAGAUGAGGUGGAAGAAGAGGAAUCUGAGUGGGAAACCCUGGGAGAAAAGGCGGAUCGCGUGGAAGGCGCGGAGGAGGAUCCUAAGGCGGUGCGGAAGAGAGAAGAAAUCGUCGUAGGCAAGCAGCAGAUGGAGUACGCAAGCGAGGUGGAUCUGCCCAUCUCGAACGAUCCAGCUAAGGAUCUGGAGCCGCCUAAGCCAGAAGAUGGGGACCUUGCUGCCGAGACUGCGAGCGCACUGGCCAGGAGGCACUGAAGUCCAUCCCCUCUCCCUCCACCUCAGCCCGUCCACCAGUUCGAGCUCGUACCGAUGCGAGGCAUCGAGCUUC